UUUGUUUAAAUUUAAGAUAAUAUAAGACAUACUACCAGUACAAGAUGCCCAAAGAGCAGUUUCGCGCCUCGGCGCUUAACAAGAAAAUCUCACAUGUGCAGUUUGGAAUAAGCGGCGCGGAUGAAAUUCAACAGGAGUCGCUAGUACGAAUUAUAUCCAAGAAUCUAUAUCAGGCGCAGCGUCAGCCAGUGCCCUAUGGUGUAUUGGAUAGACGCAUGGGCAUAAGCACAAAGGAUGCGGUGUGCGAAACAUGUGGCCAAGGAUUAAACGAAUGUAUAGGACACUUUGGUUACUUGGAUUUGGCGCUGCCCGUGUUUCACAUUGGACACUUUCGCUCCACUAUAAACAUACUGCAAAUGAUUUGUAAAACCUGCGCGCAUGUUAUGCUCAAGCUAGAGGACCGUCUGUUGUAUGAAAAGAAGCUGCAUAAUCCGAAUUUCUCCUAUUUAAGUAAAAAGGCGCUGCAUGCACAGAUACUGGCCAAGGCAAAGAAGGUGACCAAGUGCCCAGAAUGUGGUUCAGCCAAUGGUGGCGUUAAAAAAGGUCCUGGUUUGCUAAAAAUACUGCAUGAUCCUUACAAAGGACGGAAAAAGGAUGCGUUGUUUAACAAUCACAUGGAUGAACUGCUGCGCUCCACUGAGCUGAACAGAGACUUGAGUCAAACGCUGAGCAAUUACAACAGCGCAGAGGAGCUAACGCCACUGAUGGUGCUGGAUCUCUUUGAGCAGAUACCACAAAGCGAUGUCGCCUUGCUAGGCAUGUGCUCACACGGUGCGCAUCCCAAGCAUUUGAUAGUGACACGCGUCUUUGUGCCACCCGCCUGCAUACGCCCCUCUGUAUUGUCCGAGGUCAAGGCUGGCACCACCGAGGAUGAUCUGACCAUGAAGCAAAGCGAGAUCCUGCUCAUCAAUGAUGUCAUACAACGACAUAUGGCUACUGGCGGUAAAAUAGAGCUGAUACAUGAGGACUGGGACUUUUUGCAGCUGCAUGUGGCCUUAUAUUUUCAUAGCGAGAUUAGUGGCAUACCCUUGAACAUGGCACCCAAGAAAACCACGCGUGGCAUAGUGCAGCGUCUUAAAGGCAAGCAAGGACGAUUUCGUGGCAAUUUGUCCGGCAAACGUGUGGACUUCAGCGGACGCACUGUAAUCUCGCCAGAUCCUAAUUUAAUGAUCAACCAGGUGGGCGUGCCAGUGCGCGUGGCCAAGGUACUCACCUAUCCAGAGCGUGUAAAUCCCGCCAAUCUCAAGCAAAUGAAGCAGCUAGUGCGCAAUGGUCCAAGCACACAUCCGGGCGCCAACUAUGUGCAGCAGCGUGGCUCCAGCUUUAAGAAGUAUCUCGCCUAUGGCAAUCGUGAGAAGGUGGCGCAGGAGCUCAAGUGCGGCGACAUCGUGGAGCGACAUCUACGUGACGAUGAUAUUGUGCUGUUCAAUCGUCAGCCCUCGCUGCAUAAGAUGUCCAUCAUGUGUCAUCGCGCCAAGGUGCAGCCUCAACGCACCUUUCGCUUCAAUGAAUGCGCCUGCACGCCCUACAAUGCGGAUUUCGAUGGCGACGAAAUGAAUCUGCAUUUGCCACAAACAGAGGAGGCACGCGCCGAGGCGCUCAUACUCAUGGGCAAUCAAUCCAAUCUGGUUACACCUAAAAACGGUGAGAUUUUGAUUGCAGCCACACAGGAUUUCAUAACGGGCGGCUAUCUGCUUACACAGAAGGAGGUCUUCCUCACCAAAGAGGAAGCCAUGCAGCUGGCCGCUUGCUUUCUGUCCAACGAGGACGCUGCCAUGCACAUACAAAUGCCACCGCCUGCCAUUUGGAAGCCACGACGACUCUGGACGGGCAAGCAAAUGUUUAGCUUGCUUAUGCGUCCAAAUUCCGAUUCACACAUCAGACUCAACAUGGUCAACAAGGGACGUAAUUAUACCAAGGACAAGGAUCUAUGCAGCAAUGAUUCAUGGGUGCACAUACGCAACUCGGAGCUGAUGUGCGGCACCAUGGACAAGGCUACGAUGGGCUCGGGCACCAAGCAAUGCAUCUUCUAUCUGCUGCUGCGUGAUUUUGGAGAAGCUCAUGCCACCAAGGCCAUGUGGCGUUUGGCUAGGAUUGCGUCGUAUUUCAUACAAAAUCGCGGCUUCUCCUUUGGCAUUAGCGACGUUACGCCCAGCGCCAAGUUGCUGCAGCAUAAGCAGGUGCUGCUGGAGAAUGGCUAUGCCAAGUGCAACUCCUACAUUGAGAUGCUCAAGGCGGGCACGUUGCAGUGCCAGCCAGGCUGCACGCCCGCGGAGACUCUGGAGGCGGUCAUGCUGCGCGAGUUGUCCGGCAUACGUGAGCAGGCGGCCAAGACCUGCUUCGCCGAGCUGCAUCCAACGAACAGUGCGCUGAUUAUGGCCUUGAGUGGUUCCAAGGGCUCCAACAUUAACAUCUCCCAGAUGAUUGCCUGUGUGGGUCAGCAGGCCAUCAGUGGCAAGCGUGUGCCCAAUGGCUUCGAGAAUCGUGCGCUCCCACACUUUGAUAGACACUCUGCUAUUCCCGCUGCUCGUGGUUUCGUUCAGAACAGUUUCUAUUCUGGUCUAACACCCACAGAGUUCUUCUUCCAUACCAUGGCUGGUCGCGAGGGUCUUGUGGAUACGGCGGUGAAAACGGCAGAGACCGGUUAUCUGCAGCGUCGUCUGGUGAAGUGUCUGGAGGAUCUAGUGGUGCACUACGAUGGAACUGUGCGUAAUGCUAUAAACGAAAUGGUUGACACUAUUUAUGGUGGCGAUGGUCUCGAUCCCGUGGCCAUGGAGACGCGCAACAAGCCUGUGGACUUGGCUCAUCAGUAUGACAAUUUGCGCGCACAAAUCGAGCAUAGAGUGGAGGAAACUCCAAUAGCCGCGGAUGAGAUACUGCCAAUGAUGGAUAUAUUGCUGCAGGGGCGCGAGUUUGCCGAAGCACGCACGGACUUCAAACUGGAUGUGAGGCAACACUUGAAGACUGUGUCCCAGCGCAUUGAGCUGCUCGAGCAACGAUUUGGCGAGAAGCACAGCGCGUUGUGCCAUCAAAUUGAGUGCCUAACAGCGGAGCAGCUGCUGGAGUUUCUGCGCCGCAUCAAUGAUCGUUACAAUCGCGCGGUGAGCGAGCCUGGAACGGCAGUGGGCGCUAUUGCAGCUCAGAGUAUCGGUGAGCCCGGCACACAGAUGACGCUGAAGACAUUCCAUUUCGCUGGCGUUGCUUCCAUGAACAUUACGCAGGGCGUGCCGCGCAUUGUGGAGAUUAUCAAUGCCACCAAGACGAUAUCGACGCCGAUUAUAACGGCGGAGCUGUGCAACAACAAGAGCAUGGAGUUUGCGCGGCAGGUGAAGGCGCGCAUCGAGAAGACUACGCUGGGCGAGCUGAGCAAGUUUGUCGAGGUCGUCUGCAGUCCGAAUAGCUGUCAUCUAGUCAUUGGCGUUGAUCUGGCGCGCAUUAAGGUGCUGGGUCUGCACAUCAAUCUGGACAGCAUAGUGGCCAGCAUAUUGAAAUCGCGUCUGCGCGUCAAGGCGACGCAGGUGCAUGCGGCGCCCAAGCGUCAGGCAAUCAUUGUACAAGUGGAGGCCACCAGAACGGCUACCAUCAACGCCGAGCUGGCACGCCUGGCCAUGACCAUACAGCAUGUGGUCGUGGCUGGCAUUCCGAACAUCGCACGCGCUGUCAUUGCGGUCGACGAUGCACACGAGCCGCCCACCUAUAAGCUUUGCAUUGAGGGCUAUGGACUGCGUGAGGUGAUUGCCACAUAUGGCGUUGUGGGCAACGCCACGCGCAGCAAUAAUAUCUGUGAGAUUUAUCAGACGCUGGGCAUUGAGGCGGCGCGCACCAUAAUCAUGAGCGAGAUAUCGGACGUCAUGGAGGGUCACGGCAUGACCGUCGAUUGGCGUCACAUAAUGCUCUUGGCCAGUCAGAUGACGGCGCGUGGCGAAGUGCUGGGCAUAACGCGUCACGGCCUGGCCAAGAUGCGUGAGAGCGUUUUCAAUUUGGCAUCGUUUGAAAAGACCGCUGACCAUUUGUUCGAUGCUGCUUAUUAUGGCCAAACAGAUGCUAUUAAUGGCGUCUCGGAGCGUAUUAUACUGGGCAUGCCGGCGGGCAUUGGCACUGGCAUCUUUAAGCUGCUGCAACGACACGAGGAUAAGGAGGUGGCGACCAUUGAGCCCACCAUCUUCAAUAGUUUGGGAUUGAAGCCACACUCGUAGCACUCGCCUCGCUGGCUCUAAGCCACAACCGCCUGCCUUGGUAGUUCCUUUAAGUUAUUGUUAACGUUGAUCUAGUUAAUAGUUUACCGUUAGACGCUUAUACAAUUGUUAGAUAGACAGACUGUUUUUCAAUU